AUGGCUGUCAUUCUCAACAUCCUCCCCGUCAUUGUGACGGUGGUUCUGUUGGCCAAACUCCUGACCAUUGGUCGCCGGCCCAAGAACCUCCCUCCUGGACCUCCUACCAUUCCCAUCUUGGGCAAUCUUCACUUGAUGCCCACUCGGGAUGCUCAUCUUCAGUUCGAGAAGUGGGCUCGUGAAUAUGGCCCAGUCUACAGCUUGAUUCUCGGUACCAAGGUCAUGAUCGUUCUCUCGAGCGACAAGGCUGUCAAGGAGCUCUUGGACAAGAAGAGCAACAUGUACUCGCAUCGUCAGGAGAUGUACCUCGGCCAGACUCUCUGCAGUGGUGACCUCCGCAUUCUCAUGAUGGGCUACACCCCUCGCUGGCGCAUGUGCCGCAAGAUGGUGCACACCCUUCUCAACAUCUCUGCCGCCAAGUCCUACGUCCCCUACCAGAUGCUCGAGAACAAGCAGAUGCUCUUCGACAUCCUCAACACCCCCGAGCGCGCCAUGUACCACGUCCGUCGCUACACCAACUCUCUGACCACCACCAUGGUCUUUGGCUGGCGCAGCGAGACCUACGAUGACCCCAAGAUGAUGCAGCUCUUUGACGGUUUCGGCGAGUUCGCCGAGCUCAACCAGACUGGUGCUGCCGGCCUCAUGGACUUCUUCCCCAUCAUCCGCUACCUCCCCGACUUCAUGCUCCCUGCUCGUGUCAAGGCCAAGGAGUUGCACAAGAAGGAGAAGGCUCUCUAUCUGGGUCACUGGCUCAAGGCCAAGCAGGACACUCUCAACGGCACCAUCACUCGCUGCUUCUCUGAGGACUUGGUUGAGGCUCAAAAGACCGAGGGCUUUGACGACGACCAGGCUGCCUACAUCUCUGGCACCCUCCUCGAGGCUGGCUCCGACACCACCUCCAGCACUCUCUACGCUUUCAUUCAGGCCAUGGUUCUCUACCCCGAGGUUCAGAAGCGCGCCCAGGAGAUCAUCGACCGCGUCAUUGGUGACAAGCGUCUGCCCACCAUGGAUGACGAGCAGGACCUGCAGUACAUUCGCCAGAUCAUGAAGGAGGCUCUUCGCUGGAUGCCCACCACCAUCAUGGGUGCUGUCCCCCACGCUGUCACCAAGGAUGAUUACUAUGACGGUUACCUGAUCCCUGCCAACGCCGGUGUUGUCAACAACGUCUGGGCUAUCCACAUGGACCCUGCGCGCCACCCCGAGCCCCGCAAGUUCAACCCGGACCGCUAUGAGAACGACUUCCAGUCCCUCGGUGACGCCGCUGCCAACCCCGACUACACCAAGCGUGAUCAGUUCACUUUUGGUGCUGGCCGUCGCAUCUGCCCUGGUAUCCACGUCGCCGAGCGCAGCUUGUUCCUUGGUAUCUCUCGCAUCCUCUGGGCCUUUGACAUCAAGCCCUACGUUGACGCCCAGGGCAACACCAUCCUCCCCGACCAGGAGAAGCUCACGCAGGGUUUCGUCUGCCAGCCCGAGGAGUUCAAGUGCACCAUCACCCCCCGCUCCGAGGCCCGCAAGCAGAUCGUCAUCAACGAGUGGAAGCAGGCCCAGGAUGAGUGCAUCGACCCCGUCACCAAGCAGUGGAAGGUCAACCCCCUCGGCCCCGCCAGGUCCCGCAAGGCAUAG